AUGUCAUUUAAAUCUUGGUGUGAACUGAUAAUUACCAUAUUUUUACUUGCAUGGGGUGCAAAUUUCUUAUUUAUAAAAGUUAUUAUAAAUAAUAAGAGAGAUCUAUCCGAUAUUGCGUUAAAUGAACAAUCUAACAUAACUAGUGUUCGUAAGAAGAAUGAAACGGCACUUUAUAGAAAUUUUUUGGUACCAAUUGGAUUUCCUCUAACCACUGGGUUAGGAUUAUCUCUUGGUUACAAGAUUAGAAAUGGUAAUUUUAUGGAUGUCUGGAAAGCUAUAAUGGAUGUAACUAUUGAAAAGAAUAAUUACAUUAAAUUUAACAAUAGGAAAAAAUAUACUCUUUCUCAAAUUAAUGGUGCAGCUAAUCAUAUUAUUAAGGAAGUGUAUGAAAAGUAUGAUGUUAAUGAAGUAGGUGUAAAUAUUAGUGUAUCAAGUUUUGAAGGGUUCGUAAUUAGUAUUGCCUCUAUGAUUCACUCUAUAAGAAAUUCCGAAGGCAAGGGACUCAUGCAUUAUCUAACUUCUGUCCCUCGUCAAAGAUUGUCAAAGGUAGAUGUACUAGUGAUUGAUUCGUGGCAAUCAUUUAGAAUGUUAAAUAAGAGUGAGGAGUGGUAUAAACUGAUCAUUGUUUGUGACAACAAUGAAAAUGUCCUAAAACCAAAGGAUUCGAAGACUUUGAAAAAUGUAAAGACAUGGUCUGAAAUUAUUAGAAAUUACACGGAAGAACCAAAGUUUGAAUAUGAUCCUCCUACUGAUAACGCUGAUGAAUUGAAGUUGUUGUUAAAUAUUACUACAUCUUCUAAUGAAACUACCUCAUUUAAUCAAUUGAAUUUGGUUAGUAGCAUAUCUGCCUUCAUUAAGACAUUCCCAUUAGACAAUGAAUUGUCAUCCCGUGAUAUUAUUACAGAAAUAUGUGAUCCAUUUUCAUUGACCAAGAAAAAUCUUCAAGUCUGGUCUAAAGUUUUGUCUGUCUUGUUACAUGGAGGUUCUGCGCAAUUUAUCUUAGAUAAAGAAAUUGAUUUGGAUGCUAUUAAUGAUACUACCCUACUAAUUGCAAAUCCUAAAGCUUUAAGUGAUAUAGCAAAAACAAUCAAGGAUAAGUAUCCAUCUUCAUCGUUAUUCAGUUCCAUCAAUCAAUCUUUCUCGACGACUUUAUUAAGUGAAGGUAUCAUGAACAAAUUAUCAAAGUUAAAUGUCCCUCAAUUACAAAGAUUAAGAUCCAUAUAUUUAGCAGAAGAGUUAAUCAACGAGACACAUAUUCUAUCAUUUGAUGGUAAAAUACCUAAAAGAACCAAGGGUCAAAUAAAGGAAAAGUUCACCACUACCAAACUCAAUUAUUUUAGAUCAUUGUUUGGAUGUAGAUUAGUUGUAGAAUUGUACUGUCCUUAUAUUAUUAUGGGUCCAAUUAGUCAAACCAAUUUCUAUGAUUACAGAAUAUUUCCAAAAGUUGUCGAUGAAAAUGUCACUUGUGUUGGGUCAAUGACAACUACUUUAGAAGGUAAAAUUGUUCAAACAGAAGAGAAUUCAGAGUUGGAUAUUGAAAAUAGACAAGGUAUGUUGUGUGUUCGUGGAUUCACGAUUGGAAGACCAGUAACAGAAAAACGUUUACAAGAUGCUUCCACUAUGAGCACUAAUAUUGCAGGUGGGGAAGGAUGGAUACCAUUAGUAGGGGUCUUCGGUUUAUGGGGACAAGAUGGAUGUCUUUAUAUAUAUAAUUAA